AUGAAUGAGCCCGAGCCCCUUCCAUCGCGCACUGCACAGGCAGCACCUCCGCACACGCGCCGCGCCGCCUCGCCGUCCUCUGCUUCCUCGUCCGCAGACAGCUCUGCGAGCUGCGACUCGUCUUCUUCCUGGCCUCGUUCCGCUUCCUCCUCGCCUUCCUCGACUUCGACGACGCGCUCGUCUGCACAGAGCAGCAAGCCCGCAGCGCCUCGCGCCUACCCGCCGCCCUCGACUGCGCGCAACAACCACGCGUCGCCGCGAGGCGACCCUUCUUCCCCCGCCUCCUCACCGCGCGCCCAGCCUCAGGAGGAUGAUGCGCGGAGGACAGGGAAGCAGGAGGAAGAGGAGGGGCGGCCAGCCAAGCUGCUGAGUGACCUGUGUGCGUCGCUGCCUGAAAACGCGUUCGUUCGCGACUUCCUCGCCUCGUGUGGGGUGCCGCCCUCCGCAGAUGACCUCCUCAAGAAUGCCGCAUUUUUCAACUCGGGAAACCGAACUCAGGAUGCCCUCCUGCUCUACGAUGUCGGCCUCAAGCUCUACCCGGAGGACGCGAACCUCUGGAACUGCAAAGGAGUCUCCCUGCGAGCUCUGGGCCGUCUGCAAGAAGGCCUGGACUGCUGUCGAGAAGCUCUGCGCCUAGACCCGGGGAACGCCAAUGCUCUAAACAACAUCGGCGUCGCCUUCAAGGAGAGAGGGGAGCUCGUUCAAGCAGUGGAGCACUACCGCGCAGCUCUCAGUGCGAAUCCGGAGCACGCAACAUGUCGCACCAACCUCGCAGUCGCGCUCACGGACUUGGGCACGAAACUGAAGCAGGAAAAGAAACUUCAGGCUGCCCUGGUUUGCUACACGGAAGCGUUGACGGCGGAUCCGAGCUACGCGCCAUGCUACUACAACUUGGGCGUCAUUCACGCGGAGACCGAAGACGCUUCUACGGCUCUCCAGAUGUACCGAGAGGCUGUGCGCAUCAACCCGCGCUACGUCGAGGCGCAUAACAACAUCGGUGCUCUCUACAAAAACCUUGGAAACCUCGAAGACGCCAUUGCGUUCUACGAGAAGGCGCUGGCCAGCAAUCCCAAUUACCAGAUGAGUCUGAGCAACAUGGCGGUUGCGCUGACGGAUCUCGGGACGCAGCAGAAGUCGGUGGAAGGCCCCAAGACGGCUAUAGCUCUCUACAAGAAGGCGCUUAUCUACAACCCUUACUACGCGGACGCGUACUACAAUCUUGGCGUCGCGUACGCCGACCUGUUCAAGUUCGACAAGGCGCUGGUGAACUACCAACUGGCUGUAGCCUUCAAUCCGCGCUGCGCCGAGGCGUACAACAACAUGGGCGUCAUUCACAAAGACCGAGAAAACACGGACCAAGCCGUAGUGUGCUACAAGAAGGCCCUCGAAAUAAAUCCAGACUUCUCACAAACGCUGAACAACCUCGGCGUCCUCUACACCUGCACAGGAAAGAUUCGCGAGGCUUUUCAGUUCGCCAAGCGAGCAAUUGAAGUUAAUCCCGACUACGCAGAGGCGUACAACAACUUGGGGGUGUUGUACCGCGACCAGGGAGAGAUUGAGGAGUCGGUUAGCGCCUACGAUAAAUGCCUUGCCCUCGACCCGAACUCGCCCAACGCCUUCCACAAUAAGCUUCUGGCGCUGAAUUAUCUGGAGGAUCUUCCCGAUAACGAGAUCUACCGCAUCUCGAAGAUCUGGGGGUCGCAGAUGCUUGCGCACAGAACGCCAUACACGUCGUGGAAGUGUCCUGCGAUUUCGUUUUCCAAUCUGCCUGCGUCUUCUGAGUCGCCUUCGUUCGCCACUGUGUCGUCUGCGUCAAGAGUGAUUCGCGUCGGCUACAUCGGUCCCGACUUCUUCACACACUCCGUCUCGUACUUCAUCCACGCACCGCUGCUUUUCCACGAUAAAAGCAAGUUCCACGUCACGGUGUACGCCAACGUGAUUCGCGAAGACGAAAAAACGCAGAUGUUCAAGCGCCUUCCAGAUCGCUGGCGGUCGAUUGUGGGGGUCUCGGACCGAGAAGCUGCGCGGCGGAUUCGCGACGACGAGAUCGACGUCCUCGUCGAGCUGGCGGGACACACCGCGCACAAUCGACUGGACGUGAUGAGCUGGAAGCCCGCGCCAGUGCAGCUCAACUGGAUCGGGUACCCAAACACGACAGGCCUCGCAACGAUCGACUUCCGCAUCACAGACGCAGUCGCGGAUCCGCGAGACUCGACGCAAAAGUACGUCGAGGAGCUCGUGCGCCUCCCCAAGUGCUUCAUCUGCUACCAGCCGCCACCAGACUUCGCGAAGCACGUCGACGUGAAACUGCCCCCCGUCGCCGAGAACGGGGUCGUCACCUUCGGCUCCUUCAACAACCUCGCCAAACUGGGCAAACAGGCAAGAAGUUUUCGAGUGAUUGAGACGUGGAGUCAAAUUCUGCGCGCGGUUCCGAACAGCCGUCUCCUCGUGAAAGCGCGCCCGUUCGCGAACGAGGAAAUGCAGCAGACCUUCAAGGCCAAAUUCGAGGCGCACGGCGUUUCCAGAGACCGGAUAGACACCAUGGCGCUGGUGCCUGCAUGCAUGGAUCAUCUGAUGGUCUACUCGCUCGUGGACAUUGCGCUCGACUCGUUUCCGUACGCGGGCACGACUACGACGUGCGAGGCGCUCCUGAUGGGCGUGCCCGUGGUGUCUCUGCGCCGGCCGCACAUUCAUGCACACAACGUUGGAGCGACGCUGCUCGUCCACUACGGCUUGCCGGAACUCGUCGCGGACUCGCCUUCGGAAUACGUGCGCCUCGCUGUCGAGCUGGCUGGAGCCGUCGAGCGCCUGAAGCGAUACCGGCACACGAUUCGCGCAGCAGUUCUCGAGAAAGCCUCGAAGCAGAACGCCGAGAAGUUCACACGCGAUCUCGAGGAGCUUUACCGCCAGCUCCUGGCAAGAAAGCAGCCAAGGGCGUGA